AUGGAGAGCAGCGAGUUGGGUGUUGGUGUCCGCCUUAUUUGCAAGGCAGAAUCAACGAGCACCUGGGAGUUUGAGGAGCCGCUGUACUCAUCUCUGCCGCCUCUGCAUUCAGUAGAUAUGCCCCGCGAGCUUGUCAGGGUAAACGCGCCGGCAUCCUUAGUUGAGCCUCUUCAUGUUUACCUUCAUGCGGCGCUGUCAAAAGAGAAGGACUCAGCGGGCAAGUGGCGGGCCCUGUUCAUGAGAUAUUACCAAUCAGAGCGAAAGCUUUGGGAUUCUGUGUUUCUUCGAUUUGAAUCGCAGUAUCGACUCAAGCAGAUUGAAGGCAUUUUUCAGAAGCUGAAGCGAGGGAACAUUGCAAAGAAGCCGGUUGUUCGAGUCACCGCGGUGGUGGCCUUGCCGCGAGCUCGUGGUUCUGGCAGCAGGGACGGUCGCACAGGGACAGAGGUGGAGAGGUCGGGCGAGCAAAGCGCAGGUGGGGCUCUCGAAGUUGUGCAGACGGGGAAUGUAAGAUCUGCCGACGACAACGGCACACAAGGGCCAGGUCGGGAAAGGGAAAGAUCAGGGGCAAAGGCAGAAGCAGCGUUUGCAAAUGGGGAAGUUGGCAGUUUAGGAAAGCCAGGAGGUGCUGAUGCGCGGAGUGGGGGAAUACCUCCUCAGGGUCUAAGAGAGACGGAUAUGGACGGGGCAACAAAAGGCGAGAGCGUGGGGCAGGCAGCGAAGAGCGGCAGUGGGGGCUGCAAUAGCGCGGUUGCAAGCACUUCAAGCUGUCAAGCUGCCUCCGGCAUCAAGGGAGGGGUGAACGGCGCCGCAGCAUCCUUCGAGACGGUGCCAAAUGGAACAGUGGACAAGUCCCUGCGCAUGCUGACGAUUGAGGAGCGAGAGAUGCUCCAACUGCCGGACCUGGCUGACGCUGUGGGGAGUGGGUCGUAUGGAACGUGUGCAUCAGCGGUCCAGCUUUGCCUCUCGCUUUCUUUCCUUACUUCAAUCAGGGAUCUUUAG